AUGUCAAAACUCGCUGACGAUGCCAACUACGAUGCCGGCGAAACAUCUGAGAAUGUACCAAGUCGACUGUCUGAUGCUGGGAGUUAUGACAAUUACUUCGGACUAGGUGCGUUCUACUUAGUCGCCCUGACAACAAGACCAAGUUGCGACAACGAGGUCAACCCACUUCUAGAAAAUAACACUGUCCUCGGUAUUGCCUUCUUUUUCAGAAUACUCUGGCCCACUUUCCAGAUCGCGUGUGGGACGCAAUCACAUGCGGUGACAUUGCAGGAUCGAAUGCAUACGUGUUUUGCGGGGUUCGGUUGCCAUCGCACCCAUUUCCUGCCUCGUCUGUAG